UUUUUAUUUAAAAAAAAAAAAGGUUCUCGUGAAGUCCAUCCAGAUUCAGUGCCAUUGUUUUUCUCUUUCACUGCUUCUCAGGCUCUCUCGCUAGGUUUGCAAUCAGGCGCAAACGAUGGCGGCGGCCAUGGCUUCCACUUCUUCAUUGGCAUCGUCUCAGCUGCAUUCGGGCAUCAAGAGACCCGCCUGGACCUUCGCCUGCCCCCAGUUCUCUGGAUUGCGCCGUGGCACUGAGUCCUCCGCAGCUCAGGCGCUGUUCUUCCAGCAUGCUCAAGCGCAGCUUCGGCUCUCUUCCUCUUCUCGGAGGACCCCCACAAGAGGAGUCGUCGCCAUGGCUGGAUCUGGAAAGUUCUUUGUCGGAGGCAACUGGAAGUGUAAUGGAACAAAAGAAUCUAUUAGCAAACUUGUGACUGACUUGAAUGGUGCAAAAUUGGAGGAUGAUGUUGAUGUUGUCGUUGCACCACCAUAUAUUUAUGUUGACCAGGUGAAGAAUUCAUUGACUGAUCGUAUGGAGAUAUCUGCCCAGAAUUGUUGGGUGGGAAAGGGAGGAGCUUUUACGGGGGAAAUCAGUGCGGACCAAUUGUUAGAUAUUGGCUGCAAAUGGGUUAUUCUUGGUCACUCUGAGCGAAGGCAUGUUAUAGGUGAAGAUGAUCAGUUCAUUGGGAAGAAAGCUGCUUAUGCAUUGGACCAGAAUCUUAAAGUUAUUGCCUGUAUAGGAGAAAAGUUAGACGAAAGAGAAGCAGGGAAAACUUUUGAUGUUUGUUUUCAACAGUUGAAGGCUUUCGCAGAUUAUGUGAAGAGUUGGACAAAUGUUGUUAUCGCUUAUGAGCCUGUAUGGGCUAUUGGCACUGGACAAGUAGCUACACCUCAGCAAGCUCAAGAAGUGCAUGCUGUUGUUAGGGGUUGGCUUAAGGAGAAUAUCUCACCAGAAGUUGCCACUACUACUCGCAUUAUUUACGGCGGUUCAGUGAAUGGGAGUAAUUGCCUUGAGCUUGCAAAACAAGAAGAUAUUGAUGGCUUUCUUGUUGGUGGUGCUUCCUUGAAGGGUCCUGAGUUUGCUACAAUUGUGAAUUCAGUGACAUCAAAGAAAGUGGCUGCUUGAUGUUGUUGUGGACGGUGAACACCCUUUCCAGACAAGUAUCGCACAAUUUUAUGGAGUGAAAUUUACAACUUGGUCAAGUUCGGGAUUUUUGUGACAAUCUCUAAUAAUCCUCCUUGAGUUGUCGACAUUCUCUAAUAAUAUCCUCAUUCACCCAAUGAAUGUCUCAUCAGACCUAAUGUAUUGUGUGGAAGUUCAAUCACAAUUGGCUUCACUUUUCAAGUCAAUAUAUUUAACUAAAAAUUAAAGA